AUUGUGACAUUAAUAAUUUAGUUGUUAAGAACUGUCCUCAGAUAGAAAGAAUAAAUGUUAGAAAUAAUCUUCUAACUAAUCUAGAAUUUCUAAGUUCGCUUGAUUUAAAGAAACUUAAGUUAGCAGAUGUUGGUCUUAACAAAAUUUUAGAAAGUGAUUUAAGACCUUUUGAUAGCAUUAUUAACUUGCGUAGUUUGAAUAUUGAUAACCUAAUAAAAAAGUCAAAAAAAUUAAAAGAAUUAGAUACUAGCAACACCGACAUUGAUGAAGAAUUGAAUUAUCUUCCUAUGA